AUGGCUGAAAGCCCAUUGUUCGUCACUCAGCUUGGGGGCUGGACUGACAUCCAUCUUCAGGAGAGCCCACAUGAACAUCAGCAGGCCCUGCUGCUGUCUCGAAUCAUCACCAAUAUUGAAAAACUCAAUGAGUCUAUUAUGGUCAUGAACAAGAGUCUUCAGGAGGCCAACAUCCAGAACAUGAAUGUGGAACUUGUCGCACAGAUGUUCAAGAACUAUCAGUCAAACGUUCUUUUCCACUUGGAAGCUACCGAGAAUUUGAAGGAGCCAUCGUAA